GGGAUUUGUUGGGCCUGUUUUCAGUAUUCAUGAAAGUUUUUCUCAAUGAAAUAUGCAUCCCAGUCUGUCGAUAUGAAUUUUCCUGGGCUUUCGUGCGGAUUGCGUCGGUGUGGAAGGGCGGCAUGGCGCGUGAAAGCUGUGAACCAACGCCUCCUUCAUGUCUGCGUUGUGGGCUCGGGACCAGCGGGAUUCUACACUGCUCAACACCUUCUCAAGAAAGGAUCUCCUGAUGUCAACGUGGACAUUGUUGACAAGCUGCCAGUACCGUUUGGAUUAGUGCGCUAUGGCGUAGCUCCACAUCAUCAGGAUGUAAAGAACGUCACGAACCAGUUCACGGAACUGGCCAAGUCUGAACGGUGCACCUUCCUAGGCAAUGUCUGUGUUGGAGAUGAUAUCACCAUUGCCUCUCUCCGCCGACUGUAUGAUGUCGUUGUGUUGGCAUACGGAGCUAGUGAAGAUCGGAAACUUGGCGUCCCUGGCGAGGACCUGGCUGGCGUUGUGUCCGCGCGCGACUUUGUCGGCUGGUACAACGGUUUGCCGGAACACAGAGAGCUGUCAAUCGAUUUGAGCUCAGAGACAGCGGUUAUAUUUGGAUUAGGGAAUGUGGCCAUGGAUGUGGCAAUGAUGCUUCUAUCGCCUAUCUCUUUUCUUGAGAAAACAGACAUAUCGGAGCACGCAUUGGAACAGCUCAGGAAGAGCAACGUAAAGAAGGUCUACCUGGUCGGACGCCGCGGUCCACUACAGGCUGCGUUCACCAUCAAGGAAUGCAGAGAGCUGAUACGCCUAGCGGACUGUCGACCUCGCUUCUCAACGGCGGACUUUGAGCAUCUCACCGAGCAAGAAAUGGCCAAGCUGGAACGUCCUCGCAAACGCCUUACAAAGUUACUGCACGACACGGCCAUGAUUGCACCAUCUGAAUCUGAGCAACAGCGCCGAAAUCAAGCAGCGAAAGAAUUUGAAAUGCUCUUCUGUCGAUCUCCUGUGGAGGUGGUUGCUGAUGUUGAUGGAGCCAAAGCAUCUGGAGUAAAGCUUGAAGUUAAUAGGAUUCAGGAUGGCAAGGCGGUUGCCACGGGAGAAUUUGAAACACUGAAUUGUGGACUGGUGUUUCGCAGUAUCGGUUAUCGAGGUGUCGGUCUUGAUCCCGAGUCAGACGAGCUGUUACAGUUUGAUGAGCGCAGCGGUGUAGUUCCUAACAACUCCGGUAGAACGCAAUGUCCUGGUGUGUAUUGCAGUGGCUGGAUCAAGCAUGGUCCCAGCGGCACCAUAGUCGAUACCCUACAGGACGCGCUGGAGACUGCUGAUACCAUUCUGUAUGAUAUCAAUCAGAAGAAGGACGGCAUCAGUAGUGAACAUGGUACUAGCACCGACCAUGAGAGUGCUCCGAACACGUCAACAGCCUCCGAUAGUCUACUCAAGAUGAUGGAGCAGAAAGGCGUUCAAGUCGUCACUUUCUCCGACUGGGAGCGUAUCAACGCAGUGGAAGUGGAGCGUGGGCAGGUGAUUGGCAAGCCACGUGAGAAGGUGGUCGACGUUGACGAAAUGCUGGCCAUUGCACGAGGGGCGGCGGACAGAUGAGGAUUGUUGGAGACUUGCUCUUCAAGCUGUGAUUUAUGCAGCGUACGAUAGCUGCUAGUCACUGUGAACAACUGAGUACACACUGUGAUGGCCGGUGGUGACGGCAACAUUACCUCAAUCCUCACUAGCCUAGCCAUCUUGCCAGCUCUUGUUUCAGAUCCGAUGUGCAGGCGGGCCCGUUGCUGUGUGCUGCGUUGCCUGUCUACAAGUUGUCAUCGUGUAGGUAGGCCCGAUGCUGUGUGUUGCGUUGCCUCAGCCUGUCUAUGAGUUGUCACCAUGCGGGCAGGCCCCGGUGCUGUGCGCUGCAUUGCCUCUCUAUGAGUUGUCACCGUGCGAGCGGGCCCGAUGUUGUGCGCUAUGUUGCCUGUCUAUGAGUUGUCACGAUGCUGGUCCACCUGUGCAGCCCCAUUAUGCCGGUAGCAGUGACUGUAUGCUGGUGCAUGGUGUGAUGCAGUGGACACUCUCUCAGAGAAUGCAUGGUGAUAUUCUGCUAGCUCCCGAUGGUGGCAUCGUGCUGCACGCCACAUUGGCUUUCCCGCAAUUGUCGGAAAGUUCAUGCAGACUAUUCUGGGUGUAAACUGUAUAGUAUUGUGGUGCUUGUUGUGCGUUGCGUCAUGCCAUGGAACGUUAGUUUUUCGCCAAGCUGUCACACCCCGCGUUGUCGUACUGUAGUCCUCUGCGCAUCAGCAGGAUCGUGUUCCGCAUGGACAGAUGGAUGGUACGCCAAAAGCUAGUCGCUACCGUCAUCGUUGUUGUCUGGACUACCUGUAAGAGAAUACAAGUAUCUGUUUGUCGCAAACGCUACUGUUCGUUGAUGGCGGUAUUUGCGUAGAACUCAACAAGUAUCUGGUUCUCUCAGCUCCCAGUGCUCACGACCGCGCUCGCAAGCGUGUGUGUGUGCCCAGUUUUUCACAGUGACUGGUGCCCAUGUAAGUAGCUACACUGCUUGCAUCAGCCAGUGUGUAUUGCUGGCUGCUGUGUAUCAGGUGUAUUGAUGAGUCUGACACACUAUCAGUAUCACCACCGCAUGCGUCAUGCAUGUGUUCAUCACCUGUGUUCUGCGUAGUCUGCAGGGACAACACUGAGGGUAUGAGCAUUGCCCAGUUUAUAACAUUCAUUGAUGGGAUUAUCCUUUUUUUCCUUUACUGAAUCCGUUCACAACAAUAACAGUCCGAUUGUCUGUUUGUCUGUUUCUUUUUCACGUGUUUCUAACCUGACUUCCCGUUCCAUUCAUGGCUUCACCAUUCCACCAUUGUCCUCCUUUCCUUUCUCUGCUGGCGCAUUGCUUACUUUUCCCCAUGCAUAUAAUUAUUAUGCUUUCCUCCCAAUUAUUUGGUGCGCCUGCCAUUCGAAGACGCCGAGACCUCUGGUUGGUUGUAGUGAGCAUGGCAGGCCCCACCAGCACCAUCUCACCCAAAGCUAGCCCCAUGCUAGCCCCAUGCUAGUCCCAUGCUAGCCCCAUGCUAGUCCCAUGCUAGCCCCAUGCUAGUCCCAUGCUAGCCCCAUGCUAGCCCCAUGUGACUGCUGGGGAGUUGUGUAUCUUGUAAAAAAAAUAAAACUUCAAAACAUUGCCAUGCCAUCUA